AUGAAUGUGUCCAGCAGAGAAACCACCCAGUCUGUUAGCCACUUUAUCCUCAUGGGCUUUCCCUCACGCCCAGAAAUGCAGCUCCUCUACUUCGGGCUCUUCUCAGUAGCCUAUACCCUGACCCUGAUGGGGAACACAGCCAUUGUCUGUGCUGUGCGGUGGGAUCAACGCCUUCACACCCCCAUGUACAUCCUCUUGGGGAAUUUCUCUCUCCUGGAAAUUGCUGUCACCACGACCGUCCCUAACAUGUUGGCCAACUUCCUGUCCACAAGCAAGUCCAUCUCCUUUGUGAGUUGUUUUGCACAGUUCUACUUCUUCUUCGCUUUAGGGUGUGACGAGCGCUUCUACCUUUGCAUCAUGGCCUUUGACAGGUACCUUGCCGUCUGCCGUCCUCUGCAUUACCCACGCAUCAUGACUAAACAGCUGUACACUGGCCUCGUCAUCUUUGGCUGGUCCUGUGGGUUCGUGCUCUUCCUAACCCCAGUUGUUCUCAUUUCACAGUUGCCCUUUUGUGGCCCAAAUAUCAUCGACCAUUUUCUGUGUGAUCCUGUCCCGUUGAUGACGCUGUCCUGUUCUGAAGACACCACCACACAAUUCAUUUACUCUACUUUCAGUGCUAUUUUCAUGAUUGGCACCUUUCUCUUCAUCCUUUGCUCCUAUGCUCUGGUGAUUCUGGCUGUGCUAAAGAUGUCCUCAGCAGCGAGCAAACGCAAAGCUUUCUCCACUUGUGCUUCUCAUCUGACUGUAGUAAUUCUGUUUUUUGGCUCUGUUAUGGUGAUGUAUGUUAGUCCUGGAUCAGGAUGCCCAGUGGAAGUGCAAAAAAUUGUGGCCUUAUUUUAUUCUGUAAUAACACCCCUCUGCAAUCCUAUAAUUUAUAGCCUCAGGAACAAGGAGAUGAAGGCUGCCCUAAGGAAAGUCUUUGGGACUGAAAUACCUGUCCAUAAAACAUAA